AUGGCAAUGUUAUCUAGCAAAGCUAGCCAUGAUUCUCAUGGCCAGGACUCCUCCUACUUCUUUGGGUGGCAAGAGUACGAGAAGAACCCCUACCACCCAACUCGUAACCCCACUGGAAUUAUUCAAAUGGGUCUCGCUGAAAACGAGCUGUCUUUCGACCUGGUGGAGGAGUGGCUGGAUAGAAAUCCAGAUGCCUUGGGAUUGAGAAGAAAUGGGAAGUCAGUGUUCAGAGAGCUGGCGCUUUUCCAAGACUACCAUGGCUUGCCCGCUUUUAAAAAAGAGCUGGUGGAGUUGAUGGCGGAAAUACGAGGAAACAAAGUGAAAUUCGAUGUCAACAACCUCGUCCUCACCGCUGGUGCAACUUCUGCCAAUGAGAUCCUUAUGUUUUGUCUCGCUCAAUCUGGAGAAGCCUUUCUCGUUCCCACCCCAUACUAUCCAGGGUUUGACAGGGACGUAAAAUGGCGAACAGGGGCACAAAUAAUUCCAAUCCAGUGUCCGAGUUCAAACGGAUUCCGAAUCAGCGGUUGGGCCAUGGAGGAGGCGUGGGAACGAGCCGAGGAGCUGAAACUGAGAGUGAAAGGGGUUCUAAUAACGAACCCCUCCAACCCAUUGGGCACCACAAUGGGCCGCGACGAGCUCAAUUUACUUGUGGACUUCGCCGCCGCCAAAGGCAUCCACAUCGUCAGCGACGAGAUUUACUCCGCCACCGUCUUCGACUCCCCCUCUUUCAUAAGCAUCACCGAAGCCCUUAUCGAUCGGAACCUCCAAAAUUCCCCACUUUGGAACCGAAUUCAUGUCGUCUAUAGCCUCUCCAAGGACCUCGGAGUCCCCGGGUUCAGAGUGGGCAUGAUUUAUUCCAACGACCGACAUGUCGUCGCAGCGGCCACCAAAAUGUCCAGCUUCGGCCUCAUCUCGUCGCAGACGCAGUACCUGCUGUCGCGGAUGCUGUCGGACCGGGACUUCCGGGGGAAUUAUAUGGACGAGACCAAGAGGCGGAUCCGGAAGAGAAAGGGGAUGCUUGUUUCGGGGCUCCGGAACGCCGGAAUCGGGUGCUUGGACAGCAAUUCGGGUCUUUUCUGCUGGGUGGACAUGAGGCAUCUCUUAAAAAACGCCACUUUCGAGGACGAAAUGGAGCUGUGGAGGACCAUCUUGUGCCAGGUUGGGCUCAAUAUCUCCCCCGGUUCGGCUUGCCACUGCUCCGAACCGGGUUGGUUCAGAAUGUGCUUUGCCAAUAUGUCGGAACAUACUCUCAUGCUCGCGAUAAGUCGUCUCAAGACAUUCGUCGAAUCCUCCUCUUCCGGUGGCGACGCUGAUGCCAACGAGGAGUYCUGUCGAAGUAAUCAGAAAGUUGUUGGUAGAUCAUACGGUAGGAAAAGGCUGUUAAGACGACUGCUUGAAUCGGGGGUUUGUUCUUUGAUGUAUACGUGUUUUCCAUGCUGA